AUGAAGGGGAAGGAGGAGCGGGAGGGCGGCGCGGCGGGGCCCGGGGCGGCGGGGCCGGGCGCGGGGGGCGGCAGCCCCGAGAAGAGCCACAGCGCGCAGGAGCACAAGGAGCAGGGAAACCGGCUCUUCGGCGGCCGCAAGUACCCCGAGGCCGCCGCCUGCUACGGCCGCGCCAUCAACCGCAACCCCUUGGUGGCCGUCUACUACACCAACCGAGCCCUCUGCUACCUGAAGAUGCAGCAGCACGACAAGGCGCUGGCGGACUGCAAGCGAGCCCUGGAGCUGGACGGGCAGUCGGUGAAGGCUCACUUCUUCCUGGGCCAGUGCCAGAUGGAGAUGGAGAACUACGACGAGGCCAUCGCCAACCUCCAGAGAGCCUACAAUCUCGCCAAAGAACAGCGGCUGAAUUUCGGGGACGACAUCCCCAGCGCGCUGCGCAUCGCUAAGAAGAAACGCUGGAACAGCAUCGAGGAGAAGCGGAUCAACCAGGAGAAUGAGCUGCACUCCUACCUGACCAAGCUGAUCAUGGCAGAGAAGGAGAGGGAGCUAGCCGAGUGCCGAAAGACUCAGCAGGAAGAAAACGCGGACGAGAGCCGGAGCAGAGUUCAGCUGGCCAGCAUCGAGGCCAAACACGACAAAUACCUGGCGGACAUGGACGAGCUCUUCUCUCAAGUGGAUGAGAAGAGGAAGAAGCGGGACAUCCCUGACUACCUGUGCGGGAAGAUCAGUUUUGAGCUGAUGCGAGAGCCCUGCAUCACACCCAGCGGGAUCACCUACGAUAGGAAGGACAUCGAGGAACAUCUCCAGCGCGUGGGUCAUUUCGAUCCGGUGACGCGGAGUCCCCUGACCCAGGACCAGCUGAUCCCCAACCUCGCCAUGAAGGAGGUGAUAGACGCGUUCAUCUCGGAGAACGGCUGGGUGGAGGAUUACUGAGGGGCCGAGGGGGCAGCGCUGGCCUGCCCGGGCCCCCCCCCAGCCACACAGACGCCUCUCGCUGGGCUGGCACCAUGCCUUACUCGCUCUCCGGCUGUUCCCCCUCCGCUCCGGGUACCCAGAGACCCAGCAGCAGCGCUGCGCGAGGGCACGUUGCCAUCUCCUCUUCCCAAGGAGCCGCAGCGGCUGGGCGGGCACGAAGGUUCCCCUGGCUCCGCUCUCCACCAGCUCCUCACGGACCACAGCACUUGGAGGAAGACCUGCCUGGCAGUUUGGAGAAGGCUGGCUUGUCGCGGUGGCCUGGAAGGUCUGACCAACGUCUUCAUUGCCUGGAGAGCAGCGUCCCCCUUGGCUACGGCAGCUGACAGUCCCCAAAGAUGACAUCCUGCUCCGGGGAGGUGCUGCGAGGAGCUUGCCGGGACGAGCGCCUGGUGCUGGUCUGGCCCGGUCCCCUCCCCAUGUACAUAGUGGUUUCCUCCUCCUUCCAUCUCCUGCCUGGCCAGGGUCACGUUUGCCUCAUUCCUGUAAAUAGCCACUUGCCGGGGUGGGAGAGCAACGUUCCCGCUGCGGACGCCGACUCGCCCUUCGGCUUUUCCUGGGAAACAACUGUCCGCCUGGGCUGGAAGGGGCUGGCUCGCACGUCCCCUCACCUGCCGAGAGCCUGGUUGCCUGCAAACAGCUGCCCGGGUUAAAGUUCUUCCUUUUAUUGAAAUCCCUUAAAAAACAAAAAAACCCACACCAACAAAAAACCACCAUAAAUCUGUGGCCGACGGAGCUCCAGCGUUUCGGUCGGCCGAGAGCCUGCCUGGCUUUUGAGCGUCCUCUGGAAGUUUGCCAAUGUCAAUUAAAAAAAAAUAUAUAUAAAAAAUAAAAAAAUUCAGCAAUAAAUGUGGAA